GCGAUCGUUUCACCGUGGACAUGCUCCAGGACUUGGCGCGCCGCCUCCGCCGCCCGGAUCCAGUUCCGCAGCCGCAAAAGGCUGGAGCGUUUUGUGUGUGCAACUUCAUCCAAUUCGAUGUCGCGCAACGCCUGCGCCAGCCCAAGCGCUACGACCUGGCAAAGAAGCAGGGGCUUGCGGACUUCCUGAAAGAUGCGGACAUCCGCUUGGUGCACACCCCGGGCUGCAGUGUUGUGCGAGCCGACUUCAUUCUGAAGCUGCACCGGGAAGGACAGCGUCUCCCGCGGCGCCAGGAAGCGGAGUCUGCCGACGUGGACUGCCGCACGGCACUGGUGACACACGAGGAGGUCCAAUUCUGGGCCGAUGGCAAGGCGAGGGAACAUUGUGACCCCUAUGGAUACCAGGUUUCCAAGCUAGCCGAGGCUCUUACGGGAAAGGAGUGGCUUUUCAUAGAUUAC